AUGGACGCCAUGAUAAGCGUGCUUCGCGGUUGUCUCCUCAAGGGUGAGGGAAGUCACCCUCGAAAAUCGAAGACGGAAUUUGACCGAGAUCAAGUGGUCGCAACAAGAACAUUACGAUACAUUCAUAUUCAACGCUUCAAGGGCGCACUGGAAGGGAAAGUCAAUUUUGAGGCGGAUGCCAAAGACAAUCUUUGUAGCAUUGGCAACAUAUGGGUCGACUUCACGCUAGAAACUGUACCUCCUGGCCCAUAUGCGCAAACAGAUGGUCGAUGUUGA